AUGGCUAAGAAAAGUGAAGUAAGUUCUGAGAAAAGGUCUAACAUCAUUUGUUGGCAUAAAGAAGGCAACUCUAUUCGACAGAUCAGCAAAAAACUUAAUCUCCCAUCUUCCACAGUUGGGUAUAUUGUAAAAAAAUUCAAAGAUGAAGGACCUGUGAAUGAGAACAGAGAGCGCAGAGGCAGACCCAGAAAGACCACCAGCAAAUUGGACAGGAUAAUUGUAGGUAGCAUCAAGAAACAGCAGCAAGGAUUGCCUCAGACAUCAACAAGAAUCACCAGAUACAACUCACAGACUAUUCGAAACAGGAUCAGUGAGCAUGGAGAGUCUGUGCACGCCACUACGUACACCGCUGUGUACAGGCUGGUGAUUGGCUGUGAACCUGACUUUGAUUGCACAAUUAUUUUGGAGAAAACGCUCCAUGAGCCCAUGCUUAUAUUUCUUUGUAACUUGUGUGUAAAUGGGAUAUUUGGUGCCUCUACAUUUUAUCCAAAAAUAUUGGUUGACCUUUCAUCUGACUUAAGUGUUAUUUCGUAUGAAGCUUGCCUGGCCCAAAUAUUUGUAAUAUACAGCUACGUAUUCUGUGAGUUCACUACGCUAACAGUGAUGGCUUAUGACAGGUAUAUCGCGAUAUGCAAGCCUCUCAAUUAUCACUCCAUCAUUACGCCUCGGAAGAUUGUGAAAUUGCUGCUUUUCACCUGGCUUUUAUCUAUGAGUGAAUCAGCUUUAGCGGUGGCCCUGAUAGCCAGAUUACCUCUCUGUCGAUUCAACAUCGACAAGAUUUAUUGUGCAGCUUGGGCAGUGGUGAAGCUGUCAUGUGUGGACACCACUAUCAACAACGUAUACGGGACAACUCUCAUGUUCUUUCACAUUUCGCAAGCAGUGCUGAUCAUGAUUUCCUAUGUUAAUAUCAUAAAAGUCUCUGUGCGAUCACCGGAAGAUCGGAGUAAGUUCAUGCAGACCUGUUUGCCCCAUUUAAUCACACUGACCAGCUUUUUGAUCGCAUUCUUUUUUGACAUCUUAUACGCUCGCUACGGUCCCACCAGCCGUUUACUGGGUCUUCGUAAUUUCAUGUCCCUGGAGUACCUUCUUGUUCCACCGCUCCUAAAUCCCCUAAUCUAUGGCCUGAGACUGAACCAGGUUCGCCGGAGAAUCUUUAGAUUUUGCAGCCAGAAAAUACGUGCUCUGAAAUGA